ACCAUCUUCUAGACACCACCACACCAUACCCUCUUGUACACUUCACGAGGUGAUACACCUUCACUCCCCGCCACGUUCCUUGUCUCUCCCUCCCUAUAAUACCAUACUAGCUCGUUCCAUUUAAGAAGAAGGUUACAAAAGAAGAAGCAACGCUUGCUCUUAGCUUUCCCAGUCUUUAAAUUCUUGUGAGUGCGUGCCACGCAAGAAAGAAAGUCAUGUCGAGGUACGAGCAAUCAUCAGCACAACCAACUUCACGCAAGGCAGUACUAAAGUUUAUGACUGCAGGGACAAUAGGUGCAGCACUGUUGGUGUUGUCCGGGUUGACUCUGACUGGAACAGUUAUAGCCUUGAUCGUGGCUACACCAAUUCUGGUGCUGUGUAGUCCGGUUUUGGUCCCAGCAGCCAUGGUUGUUUUCUUGGUAUCUUCUGGCUUCUUUUUCUCCGGUGGGUGUGGGUUGGCUGCUAUAAUGGUAUUGCUGUGGACAUAUAAUUAUGUGACUGGUAAGCAUCCACCUGGUGCUGAUAGGCUGGAUUAUGCUACACGGAAGAUAGCAGAAAAGGCUAAAGAGUAUGGUCAGUACGUGCAACAAAAUGCUCAAGAAGCUACUCAAACUUCUUAAUUGCUUGGGUUAAUGGUAUAAUGUGAUUUGGCGUACGUGGCUUCUGCUCAUGUCUUGGUAGGCAGUGUGUUAUGCUUUUCUUGUCACUUUCCUCGUUAUGUAGUAUGUCUUUUGCUUUUGAAAAACAAGCUGCAUUGUGUA